AUGGAGAACUUUCCCCAGUCCGUCAGCAUCAACAUGCAGCCCUACGGCAGGAACUGGGCAGGUUCCCCGGCCACCGCCUUUGGCCCCACCAUCACCUCUUUUGUUCAGCCGGAGCCCGUCCCCAACCCCCAGGACUUCGUGCUCUGGUCCUUCUUUAACAGCAUGUUCUGCAACCCCUUCUGCCUGGGCUUCAUCGCACUCGUCUUCUCCGUUAAGGCCAGAGAUAAGAAAAUCGACCAGGACCCGGCAGCUGCCGGCACCUACGGGAGGACAGCCAAGCAUCUGAACAUCGCAGCGCUCUGCCUGGGCAUCGUGGGUACCAUCAUCUUCAUCGUGCUGCUGGCUGUAUACUACAAAAACUUGCGGGCCCGCGACUGCAAGGUGCUGGGGGACCUGGAGGGUGCCCGGCGGCAUGGUGCCCGUGCCAAGGUGUUGAACAUCAUCUGCUCCAUGCUGCUGGUCCUCAUCGUGGUGGCCAUCAUCGUCGUCAUCAUCGUGAUGUCCACCACCACCUGA